AUGCUCCAACGCCUAAGACCCAUCAGCUCGGUGUUUAGACCAAAUACGCCAGCGGGUGUUAAAGUAUGCCCAAGUCUCAUCAAAAGAAGCUAUCAUUCAACAGACCACAUUGGCUCAAACAAAAUAGUAAACGAUAAGGAUCACAUUGAGUCUAAAAUUCUUACUAGAGCCACUACAUACAUUCCACAAUAUGGGUUUUCAGCACUGGCCAUCUCCAAAGCGAUAACUGACUUGGGAUACCCGCAAUCACUUACAUCGAUUUUCACCUCAAAUAACCCACUGAACCAUUCAUUGCCUUAUCAACUAAUGCUUCAUUGGUUGAAGCUUAAAAGACAAGAGCUUGAUACAUUUGCCCAGACGCAAUACCAACCAUUUGCUGGUAAUGGGACUUCUGAAUUUGCUCAACUAACUCAAGAGCAGAGAUUGGAAAGAUUAAUUAACGAGCGAUUAUCCUACAAUAUUCCCAUUAUGUCCCAUUUAUCACUGGGGUUGGCCAUGUUGGUUACGCCAUAUAAUGUUCCUUCAGCAUUAGAGGAGUUGCUUGCAUUGGGCGAUGAUUUUGCUUAUUAUAGUGGCGAUCAAAGUAAUGACUUUGCGUGGUAUACAAAGAGGGCAAGCAUGUGUGCGAUAUACGUCAAGUCUGAAUUAUACAUGCUAGGUGAUACUACACAAGGCUAUGAGAUGACCAAGCAGUUUGUUAGAGACAAAGUCGAGGAGUACGAAAAGGCAGGUCAAAUGUGGGUAGAUAUGGAACAAUGGGUUGGAUUCAAUGCAAUCUCUUUGAUAAAUUUAAUCAAGUCACAAGUUGCAAGGGGGUAA